AUGAGUGGCCGAACGCACUCUUCAUCUGGCAUUUCAAAGACGAAGAAAAAGGAUUCUAAGAAUGUUGCAGAGCCUGCCUUACCUCUGCCUCAGUCGCAAGUUUGUCAGACCAACAGGAGCAAUGCCGCUGCCAAGGCCUGGGAGACCCGAUGUGCAAAAGCUGCUGCUGCUAAGGAUGCGAGUCCCAAUCCUGAGGCUGUGCAGGCCACUGCCACACAGAGUACUCGCGAGUCGCAAGUCAUACUCCCAGUUUCAAACGGGGAAGCAGUGCCAUGUGGAACCCAGCCAACCCCAGUGCAAGAUAAGCCUGUGCAGUGGCAUUCAGCUCGCACCCAUUAUCAUGCAUUCCCUGUAACCAUUCAUGAUCGCUAUAAGAGCACUGUGGACUCGGAUGGCCCUGUCACAAAUGUCCCCUAUCAUGGAAAUGCUGUUCCAUCCAUUCAGGUUAAUGGGACACCAACUCUUUCGGGCACAGCUGGAGCCCUACUUCCAUUUAAGCUGAAUUUGGUCAAGUGGGAUAUUCAAGUUGCAGAUCCGCCAAUCAACAUGCCUGCCAGCUAUCAGCCACAGCCACAGCAAAGCACCUUUAGGGUCAUGACUCAAGAUUAUUUCGGCUCUAAAAGCUCAAGAUCACACAGUUUGACACCGGCUCCAAUGAAUGAUAAUUGCCUCUCACCUGCUCUGAGUCAUCUCAGUGGCCACACAAGAUUGACUCCAAGCAGCUGCCAACCAUCGCCACUGGUUCUUAAUGGCAACUGCGAGGAUCAUGACGGUGAUACUCACACGGAAGAUCCCGCAUGCUGGCAAGACACAGCCAGUGAUAUUGAUACACCAUCGGCCCCAACAUCUAGCCAAAGUACUUCUGGCGGAACUUGCCAAGAUGUCAAGGAGGAGAAAGUUGUUGUCGCUGGCCAUACCAAAGCAGCCCUGAGGAAAGAUAUGAAGAUGGACCCGAGGCUGAACUCAAGGCUAGCCGAUGACACCUUCCGCAGAUCAGGGAUUUCACCAUUUGAGAUACAGAAAAGUGUCGUAGCUACACCGAAUCUCUCUCAGCUUGUUCGCGACAUUAAGUCAUGGAGAAUUGGACCUAGCAUAGACAGAGUCACCAUCCAAGAGAAUGUCAAGCUUGCACUCUCUAAUUCAAACUUUGCAUUUUGCACAUACAGCUCAAAUCCCAGUAAUGUAAAACCAAAUAUAUCCUCCUGUCACCCAGCAGUCACAGUGGUUUUGGACUUUACUUUCGCACUCAAGGAGCUCAAACCGGUUCUUCCUUUGGCCAGUGUCAAGUUGAGGGAGAAAUUGCAAUCCCUGGGUCUUCAGAUCAAAUAUAUCCUGAACCAGUACAAGUCUGGAACGCUUGCUGAACCCCAAUCAGAGUUUACUUCUUCCGAGCAUUCCAAUGAUUGGGCGAAGAUCUUGGCUUCCCUCAACCAAUGGAGAACCAAACCAGACCGUGUGGAUGAUUGGAAUAGGAUUUCCAAGGAAUAUGGUCAGAGAGCGCUCACGAAGCUCGGACUCAGUGAGAACAACGAUGACUUUAUCAUUUUGGAGACUGAUUAA